AUGUCUGAAGAAUAUUAUCGCAGUUAUACGUCCAUUUCCUCUUACAUAAGAAAUCGUAAUAAGAAUUAUUUAUUUCAUGAGUUCGUAGAUCUUUACCAAGAAAUGAUUAUAGAAUCUCCACCAAAUACUGAUAACUGGAAUAGUUUGGAAACAGCAUGA